AUGGAGGCCACGACGUGGCUGGACUCCGGCAGCUUCAGCCUCCACUUCCAGCUCGGGGGCUACAAGGAUAGCCACGACGCUAGAAGUAGUCUCCUUCGCCGCUUCGGUAUCUAUCUCUGGCUCGGGGGCUACCAAAGUAGCCACAACCCCGGAAGUAGUCGCCACAAUGGGGUUGAUGAGGAGUACCUCUCCACAGCCUGGAUGAACGGUGAGGCUGCCGUUGCAACAGCCCGUGCUCUGGAGAAGGAGGCGCAGGAACUGGAGGCUGAGGUGAAUAAUCUCACCUCUGGUCCCUCACGGCGAGGACUAAAGGCGGAGAAGGAAGCCUUCAGUGCAGACGUCCACAAGUUUGAGGCGUUGAUAAAGAUCGGGAAAGCUAAGGUCAACGAAAGGGAAGAGGAGUUGGCGGAUCUAGAGAAGGAGCUUGAGGCAAAAGUGUUGGAUGCCCGACACACUACGGCUGAAAACGAGGAGCUGUUGAAGAAGCUGGACACACAAGUGAUGAGCGUGGGAGAUAUAGAGAGGAUGCAUAGGGAGAUGCUGUGGAUUGAGAAUGAGAUUGCCAGAUCCGAGAACAAGAAGUCAUCACUGGAGGAUGAGUGCUGGGAUCUGGACUCGAAGCUGGUGACCAAGCUUGAGUCCCUCGACGGGCUUGUCGAGCAAUGCAACAAUGCCCUCAAAGGUUGGAACCAGUACCUUAUAAAUUUAAAGGGAUCCUCACCUGAUGAGAUGCUGGGCACUGGUUACAAAACAGUGCUGAAACCUGCACUUAAGGCUCAUGCUGAGGAGAAGAAAAGGAUCACUGUCUCAAAUCUUGCAGAGUUAGUUGAUCUCCAGAAGCAGGUGCAAGAAAGUGCCAAAAUCCUGGAGGAGGAAAAGUCCCUCUUUACAAAUAUUGCAUUACAUUUUGUAGUUCAGAUAAAUAUGCUUGCUGCUUUGAAUUUGUUGGAUCAUGAAAUCUCAAAGGAUGACUCAAGAUGCAAAGGUGAUAGUAGACGAGUGAAAGAUGAGUUGGAGAAAGAGUACGGUGCGCUGAGGUCCAUUGAAAAGGAGGCAGAUGAUGUUUUGAAGAAUUCGGAGAAGAGGCUCCAAGAUGCGUUACGCAAAGAGGAAGAAGAAACUCAGGUAGCUGCUAAUGUGCUGCUUCAGCUUCUUGAUUCCAUUGCCGAGCAUAAAGAGCUCAUGGAAGCAACUAUUGCUCAGAGGAGGAACGACCUGUAUGCAGCUGCUGACUUCGGCCCCGUUUGUAUCCGCUUAUAA